CAGAGCCCGCCGCCGGGCUGCUGCGCGCCUGCUUUCAGUUUCAAGCGGAGCGCAGCCAGGUCGGGAGCGCAGCCGAUGGAUACAGAGGUGAUGGAUGUUUGUGGCACCGGUCCGUCUCCCUACACUCCCUACAUACACCUACCUCCCCUCUGAGAAAAUCCAGCCAAAUUACUUAGGGUGUCUUCCUCUGUCUGUUAUGGGUUGAAUUGUGUCCCUGAAAAAGAUAAUGGUGAAGUUCUAAGCCCUCUAUUUCAGAAUGUGACUUUACUUUGAAAAAGAGAUUGCAGCAGAUGUAAUUAAUUAAGAUAAGGUCAUAUGAGAGUAGGUGGGCCCUUAAUUCAGUAUGACUGGUGUCCUUAUAAGAAGGAGGCUGGCAUAGAAGAUAGAGAUACGCAGGGGGAGAAGACAGCCGUGUGACACAGAGGCAGAGAUUGGAAUGAGACAUGGACAAACAAAGGAAGUUCAAGAACUGCCUGAAACCACCAGAAGCCAAAAUUGGCAAGGCAGAGCCCACGCCUUGAAGCUUCAGAGGGAGGGUGGCCCUGCCCGCACCUUGAUUUCAGAUUUCUGGCCUCCAGAACUAUGAGCCUAUCCUAUGGGAAGAACCUGAAAAUUCAGCUCCAGGACUUGGCCCAGGAACUCAGGAGACCCUCUCUGUGGACAUCCUAGAUCAUCUGUGAUGAACCAGGGAGCCAGGGCUGGUUAUUUUUAAAGAGCUUAAUGUCUUACUCCAAGGGGACAGAGCACUCAUGGUGGAAACAAAGGCAUCAUGUUAGACUGGCUGGGGGAGAAAUUUGAAUUUGAAGGACUUUCCCAGAAAUUAUACCAUCCAGGCACUCCUCACUUCCGCCUGGCACCUUGCUGCCCUGGAUGAGUUCUUUAUGGGCCGCAUGGACUUUGGACACUCUAGCCCGGAAAAGAAGCCAUGCCGAAGGCCGUGGUCUCAUCCUUGUGCCAAGAUCACACAGAGGCCAGCGAUUAGCCCUUGUCUGGUGCCGCCUAGGAUUCCCAAGCCUUGGAAAUUAACUGGCCUGAGAGGGUCAGCUCCUCAUGGACCCCAUUAGUCUCCAACUGGGCAACAGGAACCUGCAUGGAUGUCUCGUGAGGCUGCUCAGCAGAGACCUAGAAUGGCUAAACGCCAAGGUGAAGUUACUCCUCCCCAACGUGGACCUGGGCUCCAGAAAUCAGGCCCUAGACCCCACACAGAGGGUCAUCCUGAUACUCCAAAAGCUGCAUACCCAGGGUCCGACCACCUGGAAGUCAUUCAUCCACUGCUUGUGCAUGGAGCAGGAUGUGCCGCUGGACAUGGAGGUGCCGCUGAUGAGCACGUGGGGCCACGAAGAUGGCUUCCCCAGUUUUCUGGAAAUUGGCGAGGAAAGCCAAUCAGACUCUCAGCUCCACCCUGGCCUCAAGCGGCCUCAUCAGAGCUGUGGGUCCUCACCUCGUCCAAAACAGCUCAGGAAGCAGCAACAAGAGUUGGCCAAGAGGUACCUGCAGCUACUGAGAACUUCUGCCCAGCAGCGCUAUGGCGACAGGACCCCCGGGCCGGGGCAGCCGUUGGCCUUCCACCAAGCCUACGUCCCUCCAAUCUUGCAGUGGAGCCGCGCCUCGGCGCCCUUCCACACGCAGGAGGGUGCCGUGACAGGGGACCCCAAGGCAGAAGAUGGCGCCCUCGUGAACAUUCGGGACCUCUUCAGUACCAAGGCCAGCAAGGGCCCGAGAGUGAGGGUGCUUCUGGGGAAGGCGGGCAUGGGCAAGACCACGCUGGCCCACUGGCUCUGCCGGAAGUGGGCUGAUGGUCAGCUGGACCGCUUCCAGGCCGUUUUCCUUUUCGAAUUUCGCCAGCUCAACCUGAUCACAGGUUCCUUGACACUGCCGCAGCUCCUUUUUGAUGUGCACCUGAGGCCCGAGGCCAGCCCCGAGGCGGUCUUCCAGCACCUGAAGGAGAACGCGGAUGGAAUCCUGCUGAUCUUCGACGGGCUGGACGAGAUCCUCCAGCCCUGCUCCAACAAGGAGACCGCGGAUCCGGAGGACCCGGCGUCCGCCCUCACCCUCUUCUCCCGCCUCUGCCGUGGGACCCUCCUGCCUGGCUGCUGGGUGAUGGCCACGUCCCGUCCAGGGAAGCUGCCCGCCUGCCUGCCCACCGAGGUGGCCACGGUCCACAUGUGGGGCUUCGACGGCCCGCGGGUGGAGGAGUACGUGAACCACUUCUUCAGCGACCAGCCGUCCCAGGAGGCAGCCCUGGCGGAGCUGCGCGCGGACAGACACCUCUGGAGCCUGUGUGCGGUGCCCGCACUGUGCCGAGUCGCCUGCCUCUGCCUCCAUCACCUGCUCCCGGACAGGUCUCCAGGCCAGUCAGCGGCCCUCCUGCCUACCAUGACGCAGAACUACGUGCAGAUGCUCCUCACCCUCAACCCCCCAGGGGUCCUGCCUGCUGAGCCCCUGCUGGGUCUCGGGGAGGUGGCCCUGAGUGGCCUGGAGUCAGGGAAGGUCAUCUUCUCUGCAGGAGACAUCCCUGCAUCCACCCUGGCCUUUGGGGCUGACCUCGGCCUGCUGACCUCCUUUGGGGUGUGCACGGGGCCCGGGCACCAGGACACGGGCUACGCCUUCUCCCACCUCAGCCUGCAGGAGUUCUUCGCGGCCCUGCACCUGAUGGCCAGCCCCCAGGUGGACAGAGAGGCCCUCAGCCAACACAUCACCCUGAAUUCUCGCUGGGUGCAGCGGACCAAAGCCAGGCUGGGCCUGUUGGACCACCUUCCCACCUUUCUGGCCGGCCUGGCGUCCCACGCCUGCCGUGCCUUCCUCAGCCUCCUGGCUCAGCGGGAGGAGGAGUGGGUGGCUGCCAAGCAGGCGGCAGUCCUGCAGGCACUGAGGAAGUUGGCCACCCGCCGGCUCACGGGGCCCAAGGUUGUCGAGCUGUGUCACUGUGUGGGUGAGACGCAGGAGCCUGAGUUGGCUCGCUUCAUGGCCCACAGCCUCCCCCAGCAGCUGCCCUUCCACAACUUCCUGCUGACCUACGCUGACCUGGCCUCCCUGACCAACAUCCUGGGGCACAGGGAUGGCCCCAUCCACCUGGAUUUUGAGGGCUGCCCCCUGGAGCCCCGCUGCCCUGAAACCCUGGCAGGCUGUGGGCAGGUAGAGAAUCUCAGCUUUAAGAGUAGGAAGUGUGGGGACGCCUUUGCAGAAGCCCUCUCCAGGAGCUUGCCAACGAUGGGGAGCCUGAAGAAGCUGGGGUUAGCAGGAAGUAAGAUCACUGCUCGAGGCAUCAGCCACCUGCUGCAGGCUUUACCCCUCUGCCCACAGCUGGAGGAGGUCAGCUUCCAGGACAAUCAGCUCAAGGACAGGGAAGUGCUGGACAUCGUGAAGGUACUCUCUCACCUACCACGGCUCCAGAAACUUGACCUGAGCCGCAACAGUGUCUCCGUGUCAACACUGCUCUCCUUGACAAAGGUGGCGGUCACGUGCCCUACCAUCAGGAUGCUCCAGGUCAGGGAGACGGACCUCAUCUUCCUCCUCUCCCCACCCACAGAGACAGCUGCUGAGCUACAAGGAGACCCAGACUUACAGGGAAAUGCCAACCAGAGGAAAGAGGCUCAGAGGAGAAGCCUGGCACUCAGGCUCCAGAAGUGUCAGCUUGGAGUCCAUGAUGUGGAGGUGCUCAUAGCCCAGCUGCGGGAAGGUCCACAACUGGAUGAAGUGGACCUCUCAGGGAACCAGCUCAAAGAUGAAGGCUGUCAACUGAUGGCAGAGGCUGCUCCUCAACUGCACAUCAUGAAGAAGCUGGACCUCAGCGACAAUGGGCUUUCUGUGGCCGGGGUGCUGGGUAUGCUGAGUGUGGUGAGCACAUGCCAAACCCUGACAGAGCUACAUAUCAGCCUGCUGCACAAAACUGUGGUCUUCACGUUUGCCCCCGAGCAGGAGGAGCAGGAGGGGAUCCAGAAGAGUGCCAGCCUGAGUGAUUUGUCCCAGGCCCCCCAGCCAGGAAAUCAAGAGGACCCAUUGAAACCAAGGGCUACGUUUCCUGACAGCCUUACGUUCCAGAUGCCCUCCGAGCCGUCCCUGCGCUCCCCGAGGAUCAGGCUGACGCACUGUGCCCUGCAAGCCCAGCGCCUGGAGCUGCUCUGCAAAGCUCUGGGAGGAAGUUGCUGCCUCGGUCACCUUGACUUAUCAGGCAAUGCUCUGGGGGACGAAGGUGUGGCCCUGCUGGCUCGGCUGCUCCCAGGACUGGGUUCUCUGCAGUCCUUGAACCUCAGUGAGAACGGUUUGUCCCUGGAGGGUGUGUUCAGUUUGACCCAGUGCUUCUCUACUCUGCGGUGGCUCCUACAUUUGGAAUUCAGCUCUGCGAGCCAACACGUCAUCCUGAGAGGUGAUAAAAGAGGCAGGGAUCUGUUGGCUGCUGGAUCUUUGCCAGAGUUCCGAGCUGGAGCCCGGUUGGGAUUUGGUCAGCACCACAUCCCCAGGAGCUUCUGCCUCAAGGAAUGUCAGCUGGAGCCCCUGAGCAUCUCCCACCUCUGCAAGUCUCUGGAGAAGUGCCCGGGGCCCCUGGAAGUCCAAUUGUCCUGCGAGGUGCUGAGUGACCAGAGCCUGGAGACCCUGCUGCACCGCCUACCACAGCUCACCCAGCUAAGCCUGCUGCAGCUAAGCCAGACGCAACUGCCUCCAAGGAGCCCCCUCCUGCUAGCUGACCUCUUCAACCUGUGCCCACAAGUUCAGAAGGUGGAUCUCAGGUCCCUGCGUCAUCUGACCCUGCACUUCAGGUCUGGUGAGGAGCAGGAAGACAGGUGCUGUUGCAGGUUCACUGACUGCGGCCUCCGCCAGGAGCACGUGGAGCCACUGUGCUGGUCGCUGAGCAAGUGUGAAGACCUCAACCAGCUAGACCUCUCAGCAAACCUGCUGGGUGAUGAUGGGCUCAGGUGCCUCCUGGAACGUCUCCCCCAGGUGCCCAUCUCCGGUUCACUUGAUCUAAGCCACAACAGUAUGUCUCAGGAAAGCAUCUUGUCCCUGCUGGAGGCUCUGCCCUCCUGCCCACGUGUCCGGGAGGCCUCAAUGAACCUGGGCUCCAAGCAGAGCUUCUGGAUUCACUUCUCCCAACAUGAGGAGGCUGGGAAGACACUGAGGCUGAGCGAGUGCCACUUCAAUCCAGAGCACGUGCCCAGACUGGCCACCAGCCUGAGCCAGGCCCUGCGGCUGACGGAGCUCACGCUGACCUGUUGUCUCCUGGGCCUGGAGCAGCUGACCGUCCUCCUGGGUCUGCUAACGUGGCCGACGGGGCUGCUCACCCUCAGGGUGGAGGAGCCCUGGGUGGGCAGAGCCGGGGUGCUCACGCUGCUGGAAGUCUGUGCCCAGGCCUCAGGCAACAUCACUGAAAUAAGCAUCUCCGAGACCCAGCAACAGCUCUGUAUCCAGCUGGAAUUUCCCCAUCAGGAGAACCCAGAAGCUGUGGCCCUCAGGUCGGACCCAGUACCUAGGACCCCAAGAAAGAGGCUGGCUCACUGUGACCUGGGAACCCACCAAAACCUCCUUGCCAGGCAGCUGAUGGAGACAUGUGCCCGGCUGCAGCAGCUCAGCUUGUCCCAAGUGAACCUCUGUGAUGCCAGCUCUCUGCUGCUACAAAGCCUCCUGCUGUCCCUCUCUGAGCUGAAGAACUUCCGGCUGACCUCCAGUUGUGUGAGCUCCAAGGGGCUAGCCCACCUGACAUCUGGUCUGAGCCAUUGUCACCUUCUGGAGGAGCUGGACUUGUCUAACAAUGAACUUGGCGAGGAGGACACUAAGAUGUUGUUGGGGGCCCUUGAGGGCAAGUGCAGGCUGAAGAGGCUUGACCUCAGCCACCUCCCACUGGGCAGCUCCACCCUGGCUGUGCUCACUCAAGGACUGGGCCACAUGACAUUCCUGCAGAGCCUCCGUCUGAGCAGGAGCAACAUCGAUGACGUCGGCUGCUGCCACCUUUCAAAGGCUCUCAGAGCUGCCACCAGCUUGGAGGAGCUGGGCUUAAGCCACAACCAGAUCGGAGACACCGGUGCCCAGGAAUUAGCUGCUGUCCUGCCGGGGCUCCCUGAGCUCAGAAGGAUAGACCUCACAGCGAAUGGCAUCGGCCCAGCAGGGGGAGCGCGGUUGGCAGACUCCCUCACCCUUUGCAGGCACCUUGAGGAGCUGAUGCUUGGCUUCAAUGCCCUGGGAGACUGCACAGCCCUGGGUCUGGCCAACGGGCUCCCCCGGCACCUGAGGGUCCUGCACCUGCCAUCCAGCCAUCUGAGCCCAAAGGGGGUGCUGAGCCUGGGCCAGGCCCUGGAUGGAUGCCCACACAUGGAAAAGAUCAGCUUGGCAGAGAACAGCCUGACCGGAGGGGUCCCGCGUUUCCAUCAGGGGCUCCCACUGCUCCGGCAGCUUGACCUGGUGUCGUGUGAGAUUGACAACCAGACCGCCAAGCCCCUCGCCGCCAGCUUCGUGCUCUGUCCGGCCCUGGAAGAAAUCACGCUGUCCUGGAAUCUGCUUGGGGAUGAGGCAGCUGCUGAGCUGGCCCGGGUCCUGCCACAGAUGGGCCAGCUGAAGAGAGUGGACCUGGAGAAGAAUCGGAUCACAGCUUAUGGAGCCUCGCUCCUGGCUGAAGGGCUGGCUCAGGGAUCCGGCAUCCAAGUCAUUCGCCUCUGGAAUAACCCCAUUCCCCCGGACAUGGCCCAGCAUCUGCAGAACCAGGAGCCCAGGCUGGAUUUUGCUUUCUUCGACAACCAGCCACAGGUCAUCCCCCGGGGUACCUGAUGGUGCCCUCAAGUGCGUUUGAAUCCAGCCAAGUGAUGCCAAUUUCCAUCCACAAGGAUAGAGGGCUCGUGAAAAAAGCUGGCUGUCCCUGGAUCAAGAGGGAGAAACACGCUUUUCCUGCAGCAGUCUUCAGGGAGGACAUUUUUGGUGACAAAGAGCAGAGUAUGACUACCCCACAUCCCAUGGGACAUGCAUGACCAGUCGGGAACAUGAAGCACAAUGAGCAUGUCGUGGUGCAGUGUGUGAUGUGGAAGGCCACAGGUGGGAACAUCCCACGUGACAUUGCCCAGUACCUGCAGUGUGGCCUGUGGGUCAAUGGCGUGGGUCCUGGCACUACGUGUGAUGGGUGGUGCAUACAUGAGAUGUGACAGGUGUCCAGGUCUUGUGCCCUAUGACUGGCCAUAUUCCCUCAGGCUGGUCCAAGAUCUAAUUUAUUACUUUUUAAAACCAAAUCUGUAUUUAUAAAUUGCAUUUCCAGAGCAGCUAAACCAGGGAACAUCUUCUGCCCAGAAUGGGCUGGGGAGAGUGUCCAAGCACUAACAAGCCAGGGAUUUAGCCAUGAGGCUUCUCAAUGAGUGUCUUCCUGCCUCAAGUCUCAGUUUUCCCAUCUGUAAACUGGAUCACCUCCUCUCCCUUAAUUUCCAAGGUCUUUGGGCCCAACUCCAAGUCGAGCCAGCAUGACCUUGAAUGGGCCCCGUCUGUGUGGUGUAAGGGACGAAGCUAGGCCUAAGGGUGCAGGGGGCGGGGACUGUCAAGACAGUCAGGAAAGAUCACUGGAUCCAGCAAGAUCACUGGAUCCAGCCACUACCUCAGCACAAUCUGAUCAAGCGCCCAGGGGCUGCAUGUUACACCAUGUCCUCUUUACUUCCAAGAGGGGCCAAGGGUGGUCCUGCUACACUGUAACCCUAGUUUGACCAAUAAAUGUGGGUGAUCUUCCA